AUGUUAUCAACAGGGAUAAUGCUCAUAGCAUAUCUACAACAUGCCUGCGGAAUGUUUAAAAUUGCUAGUUAUCGUAUCGAACAUGUAGUACAAAUUCAUACACUACAAGAUAUCAUUAUUCUGCCCAACGAGAAUGUGGUUUAUAAGGGAAUAAUUCGUGCCAUUGAUAUUCAUCGCAAAGCGAUGAUGUUUUCUAAAUAUUUAAUAGAACAAUUUGAGAUAUCAUUUAUGUUUUUAAUAGUAUUUGGAGUGAUUACUUUGAGUCUCAAUAUUUUUCGGAUUUUUCAGAUCAUAACAGUAAACUAUGAUAUUGAAGAAUUUUUUAUGGCUUUUGUAAUUGUACUUAUAGCUAUUUUAUAUAUGUUUUUAUCGAACUAUAUUGGACAAGAAAUUAUAGAUCACAAUAAUCACAUAUUUCACACUGCAUAUAAUGUUCGAUGGUAUAUGACUCCUCUUAGUGUACAAAAGCUAAUACUGUUGAUAUUACAAAGAGGCAACAAACCUUUCGGAUUAAAUGUCGGUGGAUUGUUUAUAGCAUCCUUGCAUUGUUUUGCUACGUUAGCCAAUGCUUCUAUAUCUUACUUUACUGUCAUGUAUUCUGUGCGAUGA